AUAUUAUUUCUCAAUUACCAAUUGCAAAAACAUCUACUAUUCAUUCAUUACCAUUCCCUUUAAACUAUUCUACAACUCAACAAGAAACUUCAUCUAGUUCAAAACAAAUUUCUCAAAUCCAA